GAGCAGCAACCUGAGCAUCACCUGAUCGCGUUGACUUCUCUUCGCGACCCAGUGCUGGUAGUGGGUCGACAUCUGUCGGCUGCUUCAUCUGAAGGUGUCAGAAAGUAGUGACUAGUGACUCCAGAUGACGGCGCGCGUAUCAGUGGAACGGUAGCCUCGACAGUGGGCAGCGUACAGUUUUGGCAAGCGCCAUGAAUCAAGUGGCUGAGGGCAUGUUCCCUCCAUCGUACUCCGAAGCCACCGGACAGCACGCUUCCCUCGGGGGCGGUCUGACGUUCGUUGACUUCCUCCCGAAGUGCCUCACCUCCGGGGGAGUAUUCUCCACGCCUGCCUUCGAGCCGUUCAGAUGUCUCGUAUAUCGUGCAAACGAUUGGCUCCGGGAGCAUCCAGAAUGGGAGGUCAAAACGUGCGAAUCAGUGGAAUUCAAAACGAAUUCGGAGAUAAUAAACACGGAGCGGAUGACUUAUUUCGAAAUAAGCGACGCUAGCACUCGUUUAGUGAAAUCGCUAAGGAUGUGGCUUGUUCCAAGAGCCGAUUCGACCCGACCCCCUCAGCAAAUUCAAUACCAGGAUCUCGUUCCACAGCAGACCGGUCACGCAGGCCUUUUUGGAAUGCCUACAUUCGAGACCCUCCACCAAGUACUCGAGCGCUACAAUUACGAAUGCCGGUCGAAGUCGGCCCCUGGCCGAGUUCUGACAAUCGAGACGCAAGAGAUGAAGAUCCCCUCUUGCUCGACUUUCAAUCCCGAAAGAACGUUCUGGUGCGAACCCGGAGGCCGUUCCAAACAUUAUGUCUUCCUCGUGAGGGUAUUCUUCGAAAUUCACUUAACUGGGUACGGUAUUCUCGAAGAAAUCGGCGUUGCCGACUUCGUUCCUCAGAGCCUCUCUACGGGAAGGAUAUUCUGCACACCGCAAUUCGAGACAUUUUCUACGCUCAUCGAGAAAGCAUCAAACUGGUGUGCUCAACAGAUGUCCCUACGGUUCUGCAAUGCUCAGUCGAUUGAGAUCAAACUCAAAUCAGGGCGAGCAAUGGUCGAUACACAGAGAUCAUGCUACACGGAGCAUGCUGAGAGAAGUACAUUUUUCGUGCGGAUACUCCGAGUGGCUUAUGCCAAAACACCACGAUCGUCAGCUUCCUUGGAAGGUCUUCCCCCCUCAUGUGGACCCCUGAGUCCACCGCUACAACUCAAAUGCAAGACUUUCAUACCUGGACAACUAACUAGGGGAUUCCUUGUGCCUGAAUUCGAGAGUCUCGGCGCUAUGAAGCGCCGAGUCGAAGCUUGGAUUGCGGCCACAGGUCAGUGCUCGAGUGGUGAGUUCCGAAACUGUCGCGAUGCGAUUGUGUGCCGGCGCAGAUGCUCAACCGGGCGUCGAAUCGUCAUUUACCUUCAACGCGUCGCGGAAUGAGUAUUGGAUGUAUGUAAUCAGAAUCUACCUCGAUGGAGCUUACACUGAGCCUUCAUGUGAGACGCUGCCGGAUGCCACUGCGCUCCCGAGGGGGGGCUGUUGUUCAAUCCAAUAGGCCGGGACACAAGUUUUCCAAUA